AUGUCGUAUCCCUACAAGGCAACAUUUUUUGCUAGAUAUCCCGAAUAUAUUCCUCCUACAAGUGAGGAGGAUGCUUUAACUGAUCCUAGGGAGAAGUUGAAACCUGCCUGUAAGGAGAAAUGCGCCAAAUACACAAAACUCUAUGAUGAAUGUGUUGAACGUGUUAGGGCAAGAAAUGAGAAGAUAAACAACGGGGAAUUGGAUGCGGAACCGGGGCAUUGUCUAGGGCAACACUACGAACUCGUUAGUUGUGUUGACAAUUGUGUAUGUUUUAAGGCCAAAAUUUCUUUAUUUAGGUUUCCAAGGACCUAUUUCGGUACUUGA